AUAACACGGAUACUUCACUUUGUUGCCGUAUCGCGUAUCGGAUACGUAUCCGAUACCGAUACGCGACGGAUACGCGACGGAUACGUAUCCUGGGCGUAUCCGCGGGAUGGGCCGUAUUGGGCCGGGAAACCUCAGAUUCGAUACGUAUCUCGGUGGAUACGGCCCAGUUUAAAGCCCAUCUAAAGGAGCCGGCCCGAUAGAAUUAACGGGCUGGACCAAAAAGCCCAUUUGUGAUGUAGCCCAUUGCAGCUGGAUGAACAAAUCUAGCUCUAUAAAUAAUGAUGCUCUAUACAAUAUAAGAUUCCACACAAUUGAGAAAGCCGCAGCUAGGUCAAAAACUCCCCGCCUCCAUAGAUUCGGUAUGUUAUAAUUCAGUUUUAUGUAUCUAUUUUUGCCAUCGCUUUUCUAUGUUAUAAUUCAGUUUUUUGCUCCCCCAAUUCAAUUCAAUUAUAAUUUCAGCAGUAUGGCAUCUCCAAAUCUGAGUGCUACUGCUGCUAGUUCUAGUGCUAGUUCUGCUGCUAGUUCUAGUGUUGGAUCUGGGUCCAGACAAAUAACUGAUAUCAGGGCUCCAUUGUGGGAUCAUGUCACCAUUCUAGAGAAGCCUAAACCUGGUGGAGGAAAUAUAUUAUGGAGAUGCAACUAUUGUCCAUUUUCAAAAAGCACUAGCUAUACAAGAGUUGAAGCUCAUUUGUAUGAAGGGAAGGAACCAAAUGAGGAGUCAGACCUCUACUCUGUUAUUCAUGAUAUAUUGAUUGCUAGGUGGACAAAAGGCAAUAAUCCACUUCAUUGUUUGGCUCAUUCACUCAAUCCAAGAUUUUACAGCAACAUGUGGCUUCAAGAAGGUGCUGGCCGACUACCCCCCCACAAGGACAAGGAAAUAUCACAAAUGAGGAUGACUUGCUUCAAGAAAUUCUUUCGCAUACCGCAAGAGUUGGCUGCAGUGAAGGAAGAAUAUGCAAGGUUUUCUAGUUGUUCAGAAGAAUUCAAUGACCCUGAUUCUAUACAUGAUAGAUGGGCUGUUUCCCCAAUGACAUGGUGGACAAAUCAUGGACAAUCUAUCCCUCUUUUGAUGAGUUUGGCCAUGAAACUGCUCAGCCAACCGGCCUCUUCUUCUUGCUGUGAAAGAAAUUGGAGCACAUAUAGCUUCAUCCAUAGUGUCAAGAGAAAUGCCUUAACUCCUGAGCGGGCUGAAGAUUUGGUCUUUGUGCACUCAAAUCUGAGACAUUUGUCAAGAAGAACUGAUGCAUACAAGAAAGGAGAGACAAGGAUGUGGGAUGUUGGGGGAGAUUCUUUUGAUUCCCUUAGUGGUGUUGGUCUUCUUGAAGUUGCUGACCUCUCCAUUGAUGAACCUGAGUUGCAGGCUGUAUCAUUUGGAUUGGGUGAUGCCGAGGAUGAAGGUGUGGAGCUGGAGGAGACGGGGAAUGAGGAAGAAGCUUGAUGUUGAUGGCUUGAUGCUAGUUUGCUACUACCUUUUAAUUAUUUCCUAAUUUAGAACCUGCUGCUAUCAUGUUAUUUUGAGUGUAAUAGACCUUUAAUGUCUCUAUGUUGAAUUAGAAUAUCUAUUUUGUAAUUUAUUUUGCACUAUUAUUAUUUAUUAAAAAAAAUAGUUAAAACGUA